UUCCCCUUCUUGGUCACAUUUGUUGUGAUACUAAGGUGAAGGAAGCAGGUUGCCAACUUCUUUUGGUAGACAGCUGAUGUUGCUGGACAGGCCAACUUGUAGCAUACGACCCAUUCUUCAGGUCUUCAAAUUGUCGGUCAGAUAACAGUGAACAACUAAAAAGCUCUAUGAGAAUGCUGUGGAUAUCAUGUUUCCCAACUGCAUCUCUCUUUCUUCUGCUCCUCCCAUGCUUCCUCGGCCAGAAUGGUGGAGAAAAUGAACAGUCAACAGACAUUAUCAGUGUUUGGGAAGGAGGCUCCAUCAGAAUAACUUGCUCAAUGAAAGAUUCAGAAUAUGAAUUGGGAACGUACUUGAUAACUAACAUACCACAGCCGGUCAAUGUGAUAUAUGUUUCCAAGCAGAAUACUUCAUAUAUCCUUCCUGCUUUGGCUAAUCGCAUCAAGUAUUCAAAGGAAGGAAGAAAUCUCAGGGUAACUCUGCACGAUGCACAGGAAUCUGAUUCCAAUAUCUACCUAUGUGUUAAGUAUGUUAAAAUCAAAAACCGUCCCAAAAAGCUGAAUGGGAAGUCAACCAUAGUAGUGGUGAAAGGAGAAAACAGUGGAUUUGUUGAACAGUCACCACUCUAUGUCAACCCUCAGCAGGGCCAGUCUGUCAGUAUCACCUGUGCGUUGAAAAGCUCACACGAAUAUGAAGCGAUCUUAUUGCUAAAGACUCACACGCAACCUGAGAAAGUGCUGCAUGUUUCAAGUCAGAAUGUUGCAACUAUUUUCCCUGCUUUUGCUAAACGCUUGGAGUAUUCAAAGCAAGAAAAGAAAAUAGUGAUAACUCUACAUGACCUACAGAAAACCGACACUGAUAUAUACGUAUGUGUUGGGGUGCUGAGAAAUUCAUCUUUCCUCUCAGUGAACAGAAAUGGCACCAUGAUGCUAAUUAAAGAAGAGGAGCAGAGAGACUGCAGUAAUAGUUCCUGGGUAUUCUACAGUCUUAUCAUCACGGUAACACUACUGUUCUCUGCGUUGAUAUACUGCACUUUUAGCCGUGUCUAUAUAAAGAAGUAUUUCCAGAAAAGAAAACCAAACGCAGUAUACGAAGAUAUGUCUUACAGUUCUAGACGUAACACUUUGGUCAGAACUAACACUUACUCCAUUGACAAUUAAGUUUCUGGGGCCAUAUGUGGAUCAACCAUUCCUUUACUUCUCUCUCUCAGAGCUGCCUUACCAAGCUGAUGCAGUAGCUGAACUGAAGAUGCUAUCAUCUACCUUCUUCAGUGAAAAUUAAAACUUGCCUCAUUCCCAAAGCUGCUUCUGCUUUUAUGAUCACUUGUGAAAUGUCUUUUUUUUCAUAUGUAGAGAAUGUAGAGAAAUGCAAGUAUCCUGCCUGCGUGUUUGCAGAGUAGUAUGGAAAAUAUUAUUUUUGAACUAUACAUUUGGCUAAAUGCAAUGUAUGGACAUGUUUAUUUGAUUGAUAAAUAACUCUUACAAGAAGGGGAGAUAGAUUGAAAGGUCUAAUUCUGAGCUUUGGUGAGUGCUCAGGAAGGCCAUAACAGGCCUGUUUAAUAAUAUGCAGUGGAUCCACAUAUGCAUGGAUUACAGUUCUCUUACGAAACCUUGUGGAUCUGCCCAAGAGCUCAAGCAGCUAAAAUUACUCAAGAGUAACAACAAAGAAAAGUUCUCUGAAGAGAACUGAGAAAACUUCUGGCAGAGUAUAUUUCAAGUGAAGUGCUAGAUAUCAUCGAAUCAUGGAAUAGUUAGGGUUGGAAGGGACCUUAAAGAUCACCCAGUUCCACCCCCUGCCAUGGGCAGGGACACCUCCCACUGGAUCAGGCUGCCCAAGGCCCAUCCAACCUGGCCAUGAACACCUCCAGGGAUGGGGCAGCCACCGCUUCCCUGGGCAACCUGGGCCAAGGCCUCCCCACUCUCAUGGUGAAGAAAUUCCUCCUUAUGUCCAGUCUAAAUCUGCCCCUCUCCGAUUUAUACCCAUUCCCCCUAGUCCUAUCCCCACAAGCCUUUGUAAGCAGCCCCUCUCCAGCUUUCCUGUAGCCCCUUCAGGUACUGGAAGGUCGCUAUAAGUUCUCCUCGGAUCCUCCUCUCUCCAGGCCAAACAAGCCCAACCCUCUCAGCCUGUCCUUGUAGGGAAGGUGCUCCAGCCCUCAGAUCAUCCUUGUAGCCUCCUCUGGACCCGUUCCAACAGCUCCAUCUCCUCCUCAUGUUGAGGAUUCCAGAAAUAUUUGUGGACUUACCUGUUCAAAGAUUGUAACAGUCCCCUCAAAGUGCAAUCAACUCCAUAUUUUAAAUUCCUGCCAUUGACAGAGGCAUUGGCAUGAUUAGUGUGGAUCUUGAUAUGGCUGACAUGCAAAAUGACUAGACUUGGGGUAUGGUGGCUUUGGGGGACUGCUGAAAUAUUCUGAUCCAAAAUUACUCUUAAUAAGGGAAUUUAUCAAAAGCACACAUUAGUCAAGUGGAAAUUAAAUUCGGGUUGGUAAUUGCUUAGAACAGGUUGCUAAAAUGAGCUUAGCUCUUCUCUAGCCAAGGAAGGGCUACAGCUUCCUCCAGGACUGUUUUGGUUUUGCAGAGCCAGGUCCACAGUGGAAAGUCAACAAUCUUGCGUGACCAGGAGAAUAUCAAAUUGCUCUCUUACGUGACAAGAUUCACACAGUUGGCUUGUGGUUUCUGGGGACAGGCUAGUCUAGAAUUUUUCUUUAUUGAUGCAUUUGUUCAGUUUUUAAGGGAUUAGAGCCAGUUUGACAUUGAGGAGAGUGCAUAGCUGGAGUGGAGCCAAGCAGAGGGGAAGCUCCCUCUCUAGGGGUGAGCUCUGCUGAGAUCUUGCCACUCAGGAGAGACCAUUUCCCUUCUAAUUUUACUUGUGAAAUGCUGUGCACCAGGCUGGGGGAGAAAUCUGCUCCCUUGGGUGGCUGCUGGAGGGAUAGGUUUACCUUGGAGGGAGGCGUGUGUUGAUUGCAGACCCUGCAAUUCUCACUUAACUGUGCCUGAAUAAAAUUACCUUCAUGACUGGGGCUUUGUACAGCUGCUCCAUAUUUUUAGACAUGUAUUAAAGAC